AUUGAUACAAAGAGUUUGUUUUGAAAAGAAAAAAAUGUUUCACGUGUUUUCAAAAGAAUUCGUAUAAAGCCUAUAAAUAAGACUUUUUUGUAGAUGCUCGAUGUCGACUGCAACAAUUCGUACCCGAAAGUUUAUGACAAAUCGUCUGCUAUGCCGAAAACAAAUGGUGUGUGAUGUUUUACAUCCAGGAUUACCAUCAAUUCCUAAAAAAGAAAUCCGCGACAAGUUAGCUGCUAUGUAUAAAGUCACUGCUGACACAGUUUUUGUAUUUGGAUUCAGAACCAAUUUUGGUGGUGGUAAAUCAACUGGUUUCGCUUUAAUUUACGAUACCUUGGAUUUUGCAAAAAAGUUUGAACCAAAACACCGUCUCGCUCGUCAUGGCCUGUACGAAGUUAAGAGAAUCACUCGUAAACAGCGAAAAGAACGUAAGAACAGAAUGAAGAAGGUCCGUGGUACAAAGAAAGCAAAGGUUGGCCAAGCAGCCAAGAAGUAAAGGAUAAAAUCAAUAAUUGAAAUAUUCCAUGUGGUACAUUUAAAAGAACAAUAAAUGUACAUGAGAAACUAAAUUAAGAUUUGUACAAUGUUCUAGUUUUCUAUAUUUCAGCGCUCCUAAACGUUCCUCUUGAAUCCUUUUAGUUUUUCACCUAAUAACUGAUACAAAAAGCAUAAAUUAUUUUUAUUAUUAAAUUUCAAAUGAAUUAGCACAUUCAAUGAAA